GUUCUUCAGAUCAAUCAGUCUUAACGCCGCAGUAGCUUGUGAAAGAUGUGCCAUACAUUCACUUCUAUAAAUUUUUAAACUUAUUAAAUGGCUAGUGAUCAAGAUAAUACAAAUAGUUCUUUCACGUGGUUCGGGCCGAUAGCAAUCGGUGAAGAUGGGGAUGAAUAUGACAAUGAUGCCGUGAAGAUUCCCGUCAGCAUUCUGCUGGUUUUAUGUUUUAUAAUGAGCGUAGUUGGAAAUGUAUGCACUUGUGCUGUCAUCAUUCGUGAUCGCUCCAUGAGAACACCUACCAACUGCUACCUGUUUAACAUCGCUAUAGCAGACCUGACGACCGCUUUGUUUAUCCCGUUCGAGAUGUAUGUCAUGUGGGCGCCUGACGCUUAUCCGUUUGGAGAAGUGGGAUGCAUCAUUCACUUUCUAGUGUGGGAAUGUUUAUCCAACUGCAGUUUGCUGACGAUAGCUGCGUUCACGGUGGAAAGAUACCUGGCGGUUUCCAAACCUUUCCUUCGUCAUACGCUGACCUUAAAGCCCCGUGUGUAUAAAAUUAUUGCCAUCAACUGGUUGGUCUCCGCCUGCUUUUGUUUGCCUGAUCUUUUCCUCAUACGUUUAUACGAGAAGAAUGACCAAGCCUACUGCUAUAUGACACUGCCUUUCUUUCUAAAACUGGUGAUAGUGACUGAGAUGUGUGUGUUCUUCAUAAUGCCGAUGACUAUGAUAUUCGUGUUGUACAUAUUGAUUGCAUUUAAAAUCAAAUCGAUGAAUGUGCCGAAUGGAACUAGUCCGGUGAACGGGAAGCAGUAUAGAGACAAGACCAUAAUGAUGUUGGGUAAGACGUUAAGAAACAAGGAGGAAUGGAAAUAUUUGCACGCUUCUGGCAAGCUUCGUUAG